AUGUUGGGCAACCCCGUUUCCAUGGAAUUUUCAGGUGCAAGAUUCUCAUGGUUAUCUACAGUUCCCGAUCCUCAACAGCGCGGCAGGCUGGACCGGUCGCAGAUGGUUCGCGACCAUAUCGCGAGUGUCCGUGUCUUGAACAUCGACUUUUACCCUCGAGAGGCUCGUCUAGUUACCUUUCGGGAUCCCUGGAGCUUUCCGGUUCUCUUUCACCCCGCUUGCAACAAUCUAAUACGGGGCCAUCUAGAGGAUCUGGCUCGGAAGAUCGUGUCUCUGUGUGUCACCUUGGGCGAAUACCCGGUCAUCCGCUAUUAUAAACCACGGACUCCCACACAUGAAGCAAGCGUUCUGUGCUCCCAUCUGGCGCGUUUUGUGCAAGAUGAACUUGACCAGUACGCCAAGUAUCACCGAGAUUUCCCGCCCCAGUCUCCCAGGCCCCGGGGAGUACUCUUCAUUGUCGAUCGGACCAUGGACCUUUACUCUCCUCUCCUCCAUGAGUUCACGUACCAGGCCAUGGCACACGAUUUGCUACCGAUCAAAGAUGGUGCAAAGAUUACGUAUAAGACUGUGAUCAACGAAGGCGGCCCGAACGAAGAGGUCAAGGACAUGGAAAUUACCGAGAAUGACCGGAUAUGGGUCGAAUACAGACAUCUUCACAUGAAGGAUGUCCUUGAGAAACUGGCUGACGACUUUGCCAGGUUUCGAGCCGCCAAUCCUCAGUUUGCGGACGACAACUCCAAAGUCACCGUUAGCACCAUCAAAGACAUGUUGGCUGGAUUGUCCGACUUUCAAGAAGGUAAAAAUGCGUACACACUCCACUUGAACAUGGCGCAGGAGUGCAUGAAAUACUUCCAAGAGCGGAAACUUUUGGAAGUUAGUUCGGUUGAGCAGCUUGUUCGCCUCCUCGACGAUGAUUCUAUCAUCCCGCCAGACCGCUUAAGGCUGAUUAUUCUCUACCUGAUGUACCGGGACGGGUUGCUUGCAGGUGAUAUCCGGAAACUCCUGGCCCACGCCAAACUGCCACCGCAGGACGGGGAGGUGAUCUAUAACCUCGAUUUGCUGGGAGUGAGAGUCGAGAAGCCGUUGAAGGACAACAAACCUGCGCCCCAGCCGCUCUUCCAACGCAAACCGCCGCCGCCCCCGCAGGACGAAGAGGUUAGUCUGUCGCGGUUCGAGCCGAAUCUGAAGACGAUGCUGGAAGAGCAGGUCAAGGGGACGUUAGAUUCGGCAGUCUUUCCUUUCACCCGACCCGUCGAUACAGACAGCAACGCCGCGAUGCAAGAGCAACUGUCGCAAGCCUCCCUCAGAAGCGCGAAGCCCACCUGGGCUCGAACGCGGUCGGCGGCCGACCAGCCUCGCCAGCGCAUCCUGGUGUUCAUGGCAGGCGGAGCGACGUACGCGGAAUCGCGGGCAUGUUACGAGGUAUCGCAGGCGUCGUCAAAGGACGUGUUCCUGGCGACCUCGCAUAUGCUGACCCCGGGCCUGUUCCUCCGCCAAGUGGGCGACCUCAGCGCCGACAAGCGAAGACUGGAUAUUCCGGCCGAACGACCACGGCCAACAGCGCCGGCCCAUCUGUUCGAGAAGGAUCCGCCACCAGCUACGACCAAGCCACCGCAACAGCAAUCGGGACCCACUCCUGCAAAGGCUGCCAGUGCCGGUGCUGGUGCUGGACCUGCUCCUCCAACGGCAGCCAUGGCGUCCAUGUCCCUGAACGACCCUCGCCAGCAGGCUGCGCACGGGUCGACGAAUGGUGCCGCUCCAGCGCCAGGAGGCAAGCUGCAGAAGAAAGAAAAGGAAAAGAAGAAACAUCACUUCUUCAGAUGA